CUUUUAUCCCAUAUUCAACUUCCACAUGAAAGCGCGUUUCCUCUAACCGUUACCCCUCCUCAUUCUCCUUCUCUCUCCUCCAUUUUUAACCUCUACACCUUCUUCGAAACCCCCACACCACCCUCACUAUAAAUCCCCACAAAUCUCACACCAACUCAAAAAUCCUCAAAUCACCCAUUUCCUUUCUCCAAAAACCCACAAAACCCACAAAAACCCACUUUCUCUCUCCUAAAAUGAAGUGCUCAAACAGCUUAGUCGGCGUCCUAAACUUCAUCACUUUCCUCCUUUCCAUCCCCAUCUUAGGCGGUGGAAUAUGGCUCGCACACAAAGCCACAACUGACUGCGAGAAAUACCUCGAAAGACCUGUAAUUGCGCUCGGAGUUUUCCUCAUGUUGGUCUCAAUUGCUGGCUUAAUUGGCGCUUGUUGUCGCGUUAAUUGGUUACUUUGGGUUUACCUACUUGUUAUGUUUCUCCUUAUUUUGAUUCUUUUUUGCUUCACUAUCUUUGCUUUUGUUGUCACAAAUAAAGGUGCUGGUGAUGCUGUUGGUGGGCGUGGUUAUAAAGAGUAUAGGCUUGGUGAUUAUUCUAAUUGGUUGCAAAAAAGAGUUGAAAGUAAUAAGAAUUGGAAUCGAAUUAGGAGUUGUUUGAUUGAUGGGAAAGUUUGUCAGAAACUUUCUCAGGAAACUAAUACUGCUUCUACUGCGUUCUUUGCCAAACACUUAUCUCCUAUUGAGUCUGGUUGCUGUAAACCCCCAGAACUAUGUCAGUUCCAGUAUGUGAGCCCAACCAACUGGACUAAGACCGGAGAGCAAACCAACCCCGACUGUCAAGCCUGGAACAAUGAUCCAACCAUCCUCUGCUAUGACUGCAAUUCAUGCAAAGCUGGGUUUCUGCAGAACCUAAAGGGUGACUGGAAGAAAGUGGCUGUUAUCAACAUCGUUUUCCUCGUCUUCCUCAUCAUCGUAUAUUCCAUUGGUUGCUGUGCUUUCCGCAACAACAGGUGGGACAGUUCUGAUCCAUGGAAGCCAUAUCGUUGAAGAUGAUGAACUCUAGAUCAGUCUAUAUUACUUAGAAUGCUAUUUGUACAGAUGUUGGAUCUGUUUUGAUACUGAGUAUCGGCUUAUUUUUUCUCCCCUGCAUAGCUUGUUUCUUUUCAAUUGUCAUACACUAGUAGUAUUGUAUAUGGAUAUCAGGACAUAUGGUUUAUUUUAGCCAUGCUGCUGUGUAUAUCGGAUCUUUGUCCUUAGCAUUAUAUUUCGGAUUCAUAUCUCAUAUUUCUGAAUA